AUGGGUCCGGCAUCCAAUUCGAAAUACCCAACUCAGUUCUAAUUGGAUCUGUAAAAUUUCUAAGGCCCAUUUAGAUUCCGACGAUCCAACUGCAAUUUGUUUAGCGGACUCGGAUGGGGCGUAUAUUUUGACACGGUCGGCUUCCUGCGUUUUGUUCGGUUAGGGUUUUAUUCCCGCAAAACCACUAUUUUUGAGCUUUGUUUUUGGUCUUUCAAGUUGCUAAGCUCGUAAUACUACUCUCUGUCUAUUGCGAUGGCCAAAAACAGGAACAAGAAGAAAAGAAAUGGUGUCCUUUCAAUGGACAUCACGGAAGCACCCGUUUCAGAACUUCCUCAGGCAAUGGAUACCUCAGAGUCUGGAGCUCACAACAACCCUGCUGCUGGUGCUCCUGCCAUAAAGGUGAAAAAGGGAAAACCAAUGAAGAGAUCAAAAAACGCCCGAAAACAGAAAUCCAUAGAAAAAGCUAUUGGUGCAAAUGAGAAAACAGUGGAGAAAGUUUUGAAGAAUGAAAGCAAAAAAUUAAGAACUCAAUCUGCGAAGUUGCUGUAUGAUUGAAUUAAUAUUAUUUACUUACUUGAUUGUACAAUCAUUAUAUAGAAAGGAUUGAAAUUUUAAAUUCUUGUAGUUAAUCAGCUUCCUUGAAGUAUUUUGGGUA